AAUAUGUUCUCAUGUAAUAGAAAGACACCGACGGUUCCUCAGCCACGACCUACUCUAUCUCUGUCAAAAUGCGAAUGGAGAAGUGACAAUACGAAAAUACUGUGGAUGGAACAACUAUAUUAUCAACAUUACUUAUUCUAUGAUUGCAAAAUUACGGCACGAAAUAUCUAGAUUUUUAGAUGGAGAAGAAUUUAUCAUCAACAACAUUGCUUUACAAAAUUCAGCAGAUGUCAAGUGCACAAUGGCAAGAAAGCAUGGACAAGAAUUUCGGAGGAUGUACACAGAAUGUAAUGAAUUCCACAAAGCUCUCUGUGAGCAUGAUACAAGAUAUUCGAUAAUGGUUUCCACAGUUGAAUAUAGAGAAGUUAAAAUGGAAUAUCAAACUAUUUUUACUCCACAUACUGCUGAUCGCUGGAAUCCUAUGAACGGCAAAGAAGAAGAUUCAAAAGGAUUACAGGAAAUAAUCUGGACAAGUUUAUCCGUUGCUGUGGCUGUGAUGUCAUUGUUUAUCUGCAUAGGGAGCAUAAUUUUCUGCAAAAGGAAGAAUAUAAACAUGAACAGUGUUUAUGACACCAUAUUUAUGCGUCCACGAGGUGGAAAUCGUUACACAAUUCGUAUCCCAACCGACCCAACCUCACCAAUAUCUGAGCCAGCCAACCAUUUGCUUCCACCAGCUCAACCCGCAGUCGGAAACCCUACAGUUCCUCCAAGAGUUGACAGUGUACAAACACUUGCGUCAUCUACUGUAUCAUCAGCAGAUACAACUUCGUCGUAUGUCGACGAUGUUCGUUAUUACAGGAAUUUCUCAUAUGAGACUCAACCAAGUGUAGCCCCAUCACAGGCCCCUAGGAUUGAAAUUCAACCAAGUACGCCAACUGCCUCAACAUCUGGUUCAACUCGUGGACGACUUUAUUGUUCAUCUUGCAGACGACACAGGAGAAGGCGGGAUUUUCUGAGAACUUCCUCUAACUGCACGAGUUGUUCCUCAGUGCACUCUGCAUAUACACAACCUUCGUCAAGGUUAGCGGAAAGAAAUAUUUCACUUGAUACAAACGACACGGCUUCUAUUAGAUCACAAAGAUCAUCGAGGGACACAAAUGAUACGAACUCUAUGAGAUCGCAUCGAUCACAUCGUUCUCAUAGAAGCCAUCAUCGUACUACAUCAAAGAAGUCUUGCAACAAGUUGGAAGACGUUUAUUUUAAUGCUGGUCAGACGGAAUCACAAGGACCCUUGACUGAAACUGUACACGAGGGCAGAGGAUCUAACCCUGUCCUCAGAAAACACAAAUUAGUGGAUCGGAUACAAUCGUCGAGUGGCUUCAAAAUGGUUAAAAGGAUGUUUUCAGUUGAUUUAAAGUAAUUAAUGGAAAAAAUACUGUC